GCCGAAUCAGCACUAGUUAACUACUUAGUUACCUCGGUGUAUGGUUAACUCGAAUAUUUUUCGGAUAUCAUGGGUAACCAGGAUGGACCACGCCGAGCCGGAGCCCCAGUUUAAAGAUGAAGCCUGGGCAAUGAUUGGUCUCAUGGGGAGGCCUUACACCUACUAGUCGAAUCUUUGAGAAUCAUCGGGCUGUCUCAUAAACUUGACUUACCAGCCGAGCCUCUUCUCUCUUCGAUCUGACGUCCACACAGUACAGCACAUCCAGUACCCGACGAUCAGCACUCACAUUCCAUCCUUUUUUCCUGGGGACAAUGAGCCAGCAACAUCCUUUACCAACUCGAAAACAACGUAGAGCUUCUGGGAAAAGAUCAACUACAGGAUGCCGAACCUGCCGAGCUCGCCAUGUGAAAUGCGACGAAAGCCCAGGCCUGUGCAAAAACUGCACCUUAACGGGACGAAAAUGUGAUGGGUACGACCUGCACCGGCUGAAGGUCCAGAGCAAGAUGUUGCCAUGCCCGCAGAAAUUUGGAACUCAUUUUGGCUGGGUAACAACUGCAGAAGAGAGACACUUCUUUUCCUACUUCCAGCAUCAUUCUAUCCCGAGUCUCGUUGGGCUCUCGGAUUCACCUCUAUGGCAACAAUUGGUUCUCCAGAUGAGCCACGCGGAACAAGCCGCAUACCACGCAGUGAUUAUGCUGGGCGCUAUCCAUCAAGUGUCCGAGGAAAACGGAAUGCGUCUGACCGGUGCGAAUCUCUAUAGUAUGCGUCAUAGGUUCGCGCUAGAUCAAUCGUCACGGUCCUUUUCCUCAUUAAACAAACGAAGCAUAUCUCAUGAUCCUCAAUUAUAUCAAGUCCUGCUUCUGUGCUGCUUGCUUUAUAUCAUAUCUGAAAUCUUAUGGGGACACUAUGAGAGUGCAAUCAGACAUCUACAGAGUGGACUAAGGGUCUUGAAAGAAUUCAAGGCGAACCAGUCUCUAGAAACCCCCAUUGAACAAUUCCUGGUGGCUGAAUUUACCCGUCUGGAUGCCCAAGCUUGUCACUUCGGUGGUGGUAAGCCACAGCUCCAUAUAGACAUUGGCCUGGAUGAUGAACUACUCGAUUCAAGUUGUGCUGUAGCAUUCUCUACCAUUACAGAAGUGCAGGAUGUUUUAAGCCACUUGUUGAAUGCUGGCAUUCCUUUCCUUGCUCGGUGCUGGAAGCUAUCGCCACAAGAAAUUAUACAGGAAUAUGAAUCAUUAUCUUUUAAUCAGUUGAAACUCCUCUCCCGUUAUCAUGCAUUUAUGCACCAGUUUGAAAUAUUCUGCAAACACUCAUAUAUAGACCUUAAUGAAAGAGAGAAACGAAAAGCGGACCUAGUCCGAAUACAGUGCCUCUCUCAGACCCUCCCGCUUAAAAUCUGCCUUCUUCGCAGCGCUGUCCCAGAAGCUUUCAUACCGGAGUAUAUCACCUUGGUAUCGGCAGUUGAAGCCUUGAUGAACAAGCUGUCAGCCCGCCCAACUAUGACACUCGACGGAGGGGUCAUACCAGGACUUUUUAUCGUGGCCUCCAGUUGUCCAGACUACCGUGUUCGCUUGCGCGCAAUCCGGUCUCUCCUGGUUUGGCCGCAUUGCGAAGGCUGGGCAAACUCGAAUUUAGCCGCGUAUCUUACAUUGGAGUCUCUUAAAGCGGAAAUGGCAAGACAGGAUAAAAAAAACAUGCAAAAGGUGGCCGAAGUGGUCGACGACAAAGGUGACAAUUAUCUGUUGGAUACUCUCAGAUCUGUUGAGACUAUCGCGGACUGGUCCCCCGUCCGUGGCUUUAAUGUGCACCUCCCCGUCAGAAAAACUAUCGAAAAUUCAAAGUGAUUGGCUUGUUAGUAUAAGAAUUACACAAGCCUAUCUUCAAUAAAAUUCCGAUGCUGCUUCCAGCAAAGCCGUAUUAAUAGGUGGAGGGUGAGAAAGGUAAAGGGAACAGAAUCAAUAGACAUAGGCAAGCAAUUUCCAAGCAUGUUUACAUAUUUAUCUGUCGCUAGCCAAGAUAUGCCACGGUUUUCUUGUCCCGGCCCAUCUCUCCAGCCUUGGGGGUCAC